GACUUGGUAAUUGGCAGUGCAAGGACACUGUCUACGCCCCACACCACGACAUGACUUGUUCCUCUUCUUUCUUCUGCUACAUUUUAACAUGCAGAAAGAAGCUUCAGAAUUUUUUCACUUCAAUAGAAAGAGUACUUAGAAAAUAGAAGUUGCUUUGUGUAGGCCCGGUCACAGGGCUGUAGUAUGAUGAGAAAAUAACAAAAGAGUGAGUUUAUUUUUCCCAAAUUCCACGGCAAACAUGUAUGUUCACAUGCACACUCACUUUCAUUUCUCUUCAGUUUUACUUACUAAUUCCACUUCUUGACCAUUGACAUAGUCAACAACCCAACUCAUCACUCUUUUUGCUCUUAUCUUUUCUCCUGGUUUUCAAGAUUACUAUGGAUUCUUUUAGAAUAUGGUUCAAGACUCUGAAUCACUCUGCUGGGAAAUUUCUUGGACAAUCUAAGUACUUGAAGAAAGGGAAAAAGAAACCAAAGAGAAUGGUUUCUGAUUUCAGUUGGUUAUCAGGUUUUGCGUCUAUGGAGGUGUCUAGUCAACUGAAAUUAGUCUUUAACUUCAUUGAUGCAAAUGGGGAUGGAAAGAUAUCUCCUUUAGAGCUAUCUGAAAUUUUGUCAAGUCUUGGACAUCAUCAAGAAUUGAAAACUGCUGAGGAAUUAGCUGAAGUUAUGGUAAAAGAAAUGGAUUGUGAUGGGGAUGGAUUUGUGGAUUUGGAUGAGUUCUUGAAUGUUAUGGGGGUGGAAAAAGAUCAAACUUUUGGUGAUUCUGUUAAGAAUAUUGAUGAGCUUAAAGAAGCUUUUCUUGUGUUUGAUUCUGAUAAAAAUGGGCUUAUAUCAGCUAAGGAGUUGAGGAGAGUCCUAAUUAGCCUUGGCUGUGUAAAUUGCAGUCUUAAAGAGUGUCGAAGAAUGAUUAAAGGGGUUGAUAAAGAUGGUGAUGGAUUUGUAAAUUUUGAAGAGUUUAAAGAAAUGAUGGCUGCUGGAUGCAAUCUUUAGCCUACAUAAUAUUUUUUACUCUGUUUUUGUUUGUUGGAUUGUGAGUCUAUGACAGGCUUAAAUGGAGUGAUGUAGAUAGUGAGGAUUCGUGUAAGCCGAUUCCAUGCUUGAAGGAUUGAGCCGUAGUUGUUGUUGUUCUUGUUGAGAUGUCUUUGAACAAGUGAGUUAAAUUUGUGGAUUUUGAGUCCUUUGGUUGUUGGAUUAUGUAGUGUUCAGAAUUUUUUGCAGCUUUUCUGUACAGGUUUUAAGGUAGAAUUUCAAUGCUGUGAAAGCAAGCAGGUACAGAUAAGCAUAA